ACUAAUAUCAAACGUAUUUCAGCACUUGAUGAAGGUGAUAUAGCAGUAUUGAAGCGGUAUGGUCAAGGACCGUAUGCCGAACAGCUCAAACAACUGGAGACUGACAUUGAAGAAUGUGUGAAGAGGGUGAACGAGCUCUCCGGAGUGAAAGAAUCUGACACUGGUCUAGCUCCACCAGCAUUAUGGGACAUCGCAGCGGAUAAGCAGGCUAUGCAACAGGAACAACCCCUUCAAGUGGCCAGGUGCACAAAAAUCAUCACGGGUGAAGGUCAUGACCCCAGAUAUAUGAUCAAUGUCAAACAGUUCGCCAAGUUUGUGGUGGAUCUCGCAGAUACUGUAGCUCCUACAGAUAUUGAGGAGGGCAUGAGGGUCGGAGUGGAUCGGAAUAAGUACCAAAUUCAUUUGCCACUUCCUGCAAAAAUUGAUCCAACAGUUACGAUGAUGCAGGUAGAGGAAAAGCCUGAUGUCACUUAUGCCGAUGUCGGUGGAUGUAAAGACCAGAUUGAAAAGCUUCGAGAGGUCGUAGAAACUCCUCUUUUACAUCCAGAACGAUUCGUCAAUCUUGGAAUUGAGCCUCCCAAAGGAGUGUUGUUAUAUGGUCCUCCAGGAACUGGUAAAACGCUGUGUGCCCGUGCCGUAGCCAACAGGACGGAUGCGUGCUUCAUUCGAGUAAUCGGGUCUGAACUUGUCCAAAAAUAUGUUGGAGAGGGAGCUCGUAUGGUACGAGAACUGUUCGAAAUGGCGAGAUCGAAGAAAGCAUGUCUGAUCUUCUUCGAUGAGAUUGACGCAGUUGGAGGGGCCCGGUUCGAUGAUGGUCAAGGAGGUGAUAAUGAAGUGCAGCGUACAAUGCUGGAGCUGAUCAAUCAACUUGAUGGUUUUGAUCCACGAGGCAACAUUAAGGUACUUAUGGCAACAAACAGGCCAGACACACUCGAUCCUGCUCUAAUUCGUCCAGGCCGCUUAGAUCGCAAGAUUGAGUUCGCUUUACCAGAUUUGGCUGGCAGAGCUCAUAUCCUGAAGAUUCAUGCAAAACAGAUGAGCGUCGAAAGAGAUAUUCGUUAUGAUCUGCUCGCCCGAUUAUGUCCAAACAGCACUGGUGCCGAAAUACGUUCUGUAUGCACUGAAGCGGGAAUGUUUGCAAUCCGGGCUCGUCGUAAGGUAGCAACAGAAAAGGACUUUUUGGAGGCAAUCAAUAAGGUAAUCAAAGGAUACGCGAAGUUCAGUGCAACGCCGAGAUAUCUCACUCACAACUAA